GUAGCUCGAGCCUUUCUCUCGACGUCAGAGCCGCGUCAGGCAAAGAACCAGAUAUACGCGCCUAUCCGCAACCCCGACUCCUUCACCACCUACCUCUCCCUGUCCUCCUCCGCCCGCACUCCGCUCCUCACCUUCUGGACUGCCUCCUGGUGCUCCACAUGUCGUGUUGUCUCCCCGAUGCUUCGCUCCCUCAUCGAGGCUGGCGUGGGUGAGGACGAGGGCGGCGUCGCCUUUGCCACGGUCGAGUUCGACUCCCCAGACAUCAUGUCCGGCAGCCCCAACCUCGCCCUCGACUACAUGAUCACCAGCAUCCCCACCCUACUAAGCUUCGAUGCCGGCGAGGUGCAGUCGGCGACCAAGAUGGCCGACGCGAGGAAGAUGGCCGAUCGUGAGUUCCUCAUCGAGUGGAUCCGCAAUGAGGCGAGGAGGCAUGGCGGACGAGGCGGGGGCAGCGGCGGUGCUUCCUCUGUGUUUGGAGGCUUGUUUGGAAAAUAA